CAUUUCUAGGCCUGAAUAAUGGCCAACUCAGAAGAACAAAUCGCCCUCCAGCUCUUGAGCAGCAAGUCACUACCGGUAUCAGCAGCAUGGCUCAAUAACUUCGUUGCAUCGACCGCGCACCAGCGCAACGUUCCCCUCUCGGCCUUGACCCAGACUGCCCUAUUCCGCAUCCUCGCAUCGGACUUCAGAGAUUCUCUUUCCACACGAACACCAUCGUCACUCCUUCCCGUCGACAUCUUCGAUCCCACGGUUCAAGAAAGACGACUUCAAGGUUCGAUCCCCGUCCAAGUCCUCGAUAUCGAAGACAUCGGCACGAGUAUUUGGAGCCAAGUGGAAGCCAUUGAGCGCGUGGAACGUGGAGAGGCGAUCCGAGGACGGGAGAUUGUGCGGACAAUCAAUGUGGACGAAGACCCGGAGCAGAGUGCGGAGGGUACCGGUGGUAAUACUGCUUCGGCGCAGCUAGAGACCGGAAAUAGCAAUGGGCCGCACCGGUUGGUCGUGCAAGAUGCGGCGGGGACGAAAGCUGUUGCUAUCGAGUUGAAGCGUGUUAGUGGAAUUUCGCUGGGGAAAUUGCCCAUUGGGGCUAAGCUACUAUUGCGCAAUGCGACGGUUGCCCGUGGGAUGAUGUUGUUGACACCUGAAUCUGUUACGCUUCUUGGGGGGAAGAUUGAUUCCUUGGACCAGACGUGGAGAGAGGGGCGAAAGGAGAGACUGAUAGCCAGAAUCACGGAAAUGCAAGGGGAGCAGUAG